AUGGCUUUAAAAUUACCAGCAGCCCCAAAUUCGUCGCUUUUCAGGCAGGGCUAUAAGCUGCAAUCAAACAGUGAUGGUGCAAUCAACAGAAAUAUAGAGGCAUGCAGAGAAAUCAGCAAUAUGGUUUCCACUUCGAUUGGUCCGUGCGGUAAAAACAAAAUUGUUGUGAACCAGUUACAGAAAGUUUUUAUCACGAGCGAUGCCGCAACUAUGAUUAAGGAGAUGGAUGUGGUCCACCCUGCAGUUAAGGUUUUAGUGAUGUAUUCUGAACAGCAAGAGAAUGAGAUUGGUGAUAACACAAAUUACGUUCUAGUCUUUGCAGGCGAACUCUUACAACUUGCGGAAAAGCUUUUGGUUUUAGGACUUACGCCUACAGAGAUUAACCAAGGAUAUCAGCUGGCAUGUAAUCACACACUAAAAGAAUUGGGUAAUUUGGUAAUUGACAAAGUUGCCAAUUACUACAAAAAGGAGGAAAUUCUGAAAGUGAUAAAGCCAGUUGUUGCUUCCAAGCAAUAUGGCUGGGAGGAUAAGAUCAGUGACUUGAUUUCUGAGGCAGUUUUGUAUGUCAUUCCAAAAUCAAAUCCGUCAUUAUUUAAUGUGGAUUCCAUCAGGGUGGUCAAAAUUAUGGGCGCAUCUUUGCCAAGCUCAACUGUUAUUAACGGUAUGGUCUUGCCAAGGGAGCCCGAGUCAGAUGUGAAAAAAAUUAAGGGUCCAGCUAAAGUUGUUGUAUUCAAUUGUCCUGUUGAUUUGUCUACUUCAGAAACUAAAGGCACGGUGUUGUUACAUAAUGCAAAGGAGAUGCUAGCGUUCAGUAGAGGUGAAGAAGAACAGCUUGAGAAAGUGGUGAAGGAGAUUUAUGAUUCAGGUGUUCGUGUUGUGAUUGCUGGUCAAGGUGUUGGAGAGUUGGCUCUUCAUUAUUUGAAUAGAAAUAAGAUUCUUGUGCUGAAAGUUCCAUCAAAGUUUGAUUUGAGAAGAAUAACCAGGGUGUGUGGAGCAACGCCAUUGGUUAGACUAGGUGCCCCAAUGCCGGAGGAAAUGGGACUUGUGGAUGUCGUUGAAACGAAGGAAAUUGGCGGGGAUACAGUCACAAUUUUCAAGCAAAGCUCAGAUAGCAGAUCUUUAACUUCCACGAUUAUACUUAGGGGUGCUACAAAGGGCAAAAUGGACGAUGUUGAAAGGGCAAUUGAUGACGGUGUUGCAGUUAUCAAAGCUGUUUUAAAAGAUCCACGGUUGGUUCCUGGUGCGGGAUCUACAGAGGCAGAAUUGGUGAAGCGUGUCACAUCUUAUGGAGAGCAAACGCCUGGUCUACUUCAACUUGGAAUCAAGAAGUUUGCGGAAGCUUUCGAAUUUAUGCCUAGAAUACUAUGCGAAACAUCGGGUUUGGAUGCAUCUGCAGUGUUACCCCGUCUUUAUUCCUCUCAUGUUGAGAAUGAUCCUGAUGCUCUUCGUCUGGGUAUCAAUAUUGAAGCCGAUGGUCUAAAUGAUUGUCUUCUUGAUGUAAAGCAUGAACAGAUAAUGGAUUCUCUUAUAUCCAAGAAGAAUGCUAUCAAAUUAGCAACACAAGCUGUCCGUACUAUUCUAGGAGUUGACCAGAUUAUUGUUGCGAAGAGAGCUGGAGGUCCUCAAAUACCUCAGGGAAACAGGCCAGGAAACUGGGAUGUUCCAGAUUAA